AUGAAGCGGUUGAGGGAUGAACGAUUUGGAUCUUUCAAAUCGGUAAGUAUAAAAUUGGGGCAAUAACGGGAACUUGAAAAUGGUUUAUCCGAAAUUUAUUUAAAAUUAUUCAGAGAAAUUCAUUUUCAAUUUUUUGUCAGUAUCUGAGAAUAUUUCGAAAGAGCGACAUUUAAGAUAUUGCCCCAAAACAUAAUUUUCCCUAUAUUCCCCGUACUUUUUUUCCGGAAACCCGGAGAAUUCAAGAAAUGUUUUGGCCAAAAGUAUAACCCCCGAUCAACACCAUUUUUCAGUUCUUCCCGGAACCGCUUCUCUUCAUUUAUGGCAAUCGAUGGUUGAACGGUGCGUUCAUAAACUAUACAUCUGACGAAUCACUUGUCGCUGAACCGAUUAUGAAACUAAUCCUGAGUUCCUAUUCAAAAUCGCCAACACUAACAACUCAAAUAAUGAUGGAUAUUAAUCUAACAGUCAAAGACAAAGUUACUGUAAGUUUCCAACAAAAAGUCAGUUCUCAAGUAGCUAUUUUUCACAUUUCAGAACUUAAGAGCAAUAAAAUUGGACACUGCAAUCAAAUUUCUCAACAAACAAAAGAGGUAUAACCUGGAGAUGGCUGUUCAAAUUUAUCAAAUUCAUCAUACUCACCCACAAUUCGCUGAUAAAAUCAGAACACUAAAAAGAGGGAUGAAUAUGGAACAGGUUAAACAACACUUCGAUUAA